AGUCACGUGACCUGACGGAGGAGGGGAGAACAGCAGCGAUGGAGAGAAGCUAAGGAAGGACUCUGCCCAGGGAGUUGGUUCCUCUUUACCCAGAGUGCUUGUGGAAUGGCAGCAGUUUGGCAGCAGGUUUUGGCCGUGGACGCAAGGUACAAUGCUUACCGCACGCCUACGUUCCCACAGUUCCGAACUCAGUACAUCCGCCGACGCAGCCAACUGCUCAGAGAGAACGCCAAGUGUGGCUUUGAGCCGGGGCUGCGCAGGCAGUACCUGAGGCUGCGCAGCCAGCUGCUGGCCCUGCGCUACGGGCCCCUGUCUGAGCAGAGCAGCUUCAGGGCCAGCAGUGUGCGCAGCUCCCGCACCACACUGGACCGCAUGGAGGACUUUGACGAGGACCCCCGUGCCCAAGGGGCUCGUGGUCACCGCCGGUCUGUCAGCAGAGGCUCCUACCAGCUGCAGGCCCAGAUGAACAGAGCCGUCUACGAUGAGAGGCCUCCGGGCAGCUUGGUGCCCACCUCAGUGGCAGAGGCCAGCCGUGCCAUGGCGGGAGAUACCACCUUGAGUGAAAAUUACGCUUUUGCUGGCAUGCACCACAUAUUUGACCAGCAUGUUGACUCUGCAGUUCCCCGUUUGCAGUUCGCCAACGACGACAAGCACCUCCUGGCCUGCUGCUCACUGGACGGCACCCUGUCCAUCAUGAUGCUGUCGCCGCCUCCCGCCAGCGUGAAGGUGACCCUGAAAGGUCACGCGGGUCCCGUCACCGACUUCGCCUGGUCUCUGAGCAACGACGUCAUCGUGUCGACGUCGCUGGACGGGACGCUGCGCAUCUGGAACACCGAGGACGGCCGCUGCAUCCGAGAAGUGAGAGACCCGGAGUCCAGCGAGCUGCUGUGCUGCACCUUCCAGCCCAUGAACAACAAUCUGACCGUGGUGGGGAACAGCAAGCACCACCUGCAGGUGGUGAACAUCUCCACCGGGAAGAAGGUGAAGGGGGGCUCCAGUAAGCUGACGGGCCGCGUGCUGUCGCUCUCCUUUGACGCUCCGGGGAGGAUCCUCUGGGCCGGGGACGACAGGGGGAGCAUCUUCUCCUUCCUCUUCGACAUGGCCACGGGGAAGCUAACCAAAGCCAAGCGCCUGGUGGUGAGCGAGGGCAGCUCCAUCUGCAGCAUAUCUGCUCGGUCGUGGAUCAGCCGAGAGGCCAGGGACCCCUCCCUGCUGGUCAACGCCUGCGUCAAUAAGCUGCUGCUGUACAGGGUGGUGGAUAAUGAAGGAACACUUCAGCUGAAGAGAAGCUUCCCCAUCCAGCACGGCUCCCAGCUCGUUCACAGCAUCUUCUGCCCCCUCAUGUCCUUCAGACAGGGAGCCUGUGUGGUGACCGGCAGCGAGGACGCCUGCGUCUACUUCUUCGACGUGGAACGCAACACCAAGGCGAUCGUGAACAAGCUGCAGGGCCACGGCGGGCCGGUCCUGGACGUGAGCUUCAACUGCGACGAGAGCCUGCUGGCGUCCGCCGACUCCACCGGCAUGGUCAUCAUCUGGAGACGGGAGCAGAAGUGACCGGUCCGCGAAGAAACUUGCUUCCAUCCGCCGCGUUUGAGAAAAAAAAAAAAAAGAAAAAGAAAAAUGGCCGCUGCUCUUCCUUAAAACCGUCCAAUAACACGUCUGUUGAUCUUUCACCGGAAUGUCGGAGGCUGCGUCAGAUGUUUAAUGUAAAGAUACUCGAGUGCAAUCUGGUCGAACACCAUGCUGUGUAGGUGGCGGGUAGGUUUUAGAAAUUCAACAGAGAGAGCGGUGGGGUGCGAGUGGUGUGUGUUUCAGUACUGCAGAUCUCAAUAAAGACGGAAAGAAAGAGAGAGAGAGAGGAAGAGAAAGAGAGCACUACAACCAUGCAUGUGUCAUGGCUUACCUCCAACCUGUGUGGAUGUGACUGAAUCCAUGUGAAGAGGAUGCAACAUAAUCUUCCAGAAAAAGAAGAAGAAGAAAAAAGAAAAAGAAACGGUUGUAUCACACUGACGGUCCCUCUGGCGUAGAUCUAGCUCACUAUUUAUGUAACUGUUAUUCAAGCAGUGUAAUCAAGUGUAGU